AUGAGGCCUUGCAACUAUCAGGCUGCAGAUAAACGAAAGAUAUCUUGGAAAUCCGUGGUAGAUCUCCUUACUAGCCGAGUAGAUGAGCUCGUUCGGUUCAUAAUUGAUCAAGGCCUGGCACCACCGUCAAUGAUUGAUGACAACGAGCAAGCAUUGAAAAAUGCAUUGGACGCCCUCGGACUUGAUCAUAUCCAGAAAGCAUUGGAGGGAGCCGGAACAAAGCAGAAAUCCGCUUCUCUAAGCACGAAAAAUGAUGAAUCAGAGCCCCUAGUUCUGCAUGAAGAGGUUGUCGACAAUGACCUAGAGAUUGGGGAGCUGGAAUCAGACAUAAAUUUGCUCAUGGACCCGUUCAUGAUACUGGAAAACCAAACCCAGUACAAUGCCCACUGUGAAGUGGUACCUUCACUAAAUCAUCCAUCUGAUGAUUUAUUUGAGCCAUUUCGUGAUAGCGACGCGGUCGUAUUAGGCGUGGGAAAAAACAAGAACCACGAUUACCCACCGCAACCUCAUUUGGAUGCUGCUCCCGCCAGCCAAAACCACUUUAACAAGAAAGAGAGCCCAGCAACCGACAUCUAUGAUAACGAUGGCACAGAAGAUAUUGUUGACCGGCUAUCAGACCGUAUGGGCAGUCUUCAAAUUGGCACAGAUGGUCAGAUUCGAUACUACGGACCCACAUCUCACUUUAAUCUCCUACGAAUGCCCACUCCGGACAAUUUGACCAUUCACCGUACCAUUCGUAAGGACGGGCAAGAUCAUCUCCGCCGGAUGGGACUUGACAAAGAAGUUCCGCAGAGUAUGGAGGAGCACUUAAUCAACCAGUACUUCACUUGGCACAGUCCAUCGGUCGAUGUGGUGAAUCGAGAGAUGUACGAAACGGCAAAGCAGCAGUGGCAGGAUCAUAUGGAAGAAACAACAUAUUACUCCGAGGCUCUAACAAACGCCAUUUGUUGCCUUGGUGCUGCAUUCGAGCCUAGAUACCACCCGAAUUUUGUUACCUAUCCAAGAUCUGUAUCCGACUUCUUUGCAGACCGAGCCAAAACUCUUCUUGAUAUUGAGCUUGACUCUCCCACUGUUGCGACUGUGCAGGCGAUGGUAGUCUUAAGUGGGCAUGAUAUUGGCUGCAAGCGAGAUGCUCGGGGAUGGCUAUACAGUGGAAUGGCAAUGCGCCUGGCAUUUGAUCUAGGGUUACAUAUUGACAUGUCGUCUUAUGUCGCGAAUGGAUCUAUCAGCGAAGCUGAGGCUGAGGUGCGACGCAUGGUAUUCUGGGGUGCCUAUACGCUAGACCAUCACUGGGGGUACUUUCUUGGCCGACCAUUCCGAAUGAACCUUGAAGAUGUCACGGUCCAGAAACCCGGUUUGGAAUCGAAACCGAAUCACGUCCAGCGAUGGUAUCCGUAUGGACUACCACAUCCCACUAAAUUCCCUCCUGGUUUAUCGAUAGCCAACUUUUCUUCAUCACUGAGCCUGUAUCGAAUUGCACUUUGUGAAAUCAUGACACCGCUGGGUCAUGUUCUAUACGGAUCUUCGAAGAUCUCAAAAGAGGCUCUUCAAAAGCUAAAUGCAGAAACCACCGACAGGCUCCUGCACUGGAAAGCCAAUUUACCAAAGAUCCUACUCAUAGACACCGACGAAUACGCCUCACCUCCUCUACCGCAUGUGCUGAUGCUACAUCUAUACUACCACCAAGCAAUCAUCCACGCCCACCGCCCAUGGAUGUCAAAGAGCUCAAUCCAGCCCUUGCCACAGCAAGGCGCCGGUCACGCCCACGCCAGGAAGAUGUGCGUCGAGUCUGGCACCGCAAUAGCCAAACUGCUCCACCUCUACGAGCAAUUCUACACAUUCCGCCGCAUGAACAUUCAAGUAGUAGCGAUCACUUGCUCAGCAGCCCUGAUGCUUAUUUUCGCCAAAGCCCUCCACCGCACGACGCAAGACGACGAAGCGACCGUGGCAGAUCUGAACGUCUGCUUCCGCGCCCUGGAGGAUUCCAGUUCGGCGUGGGAAAGUGCGAAGCGCGCUCAAAGCUUUCUUCUUCAUAUGCAGGGACUGUGGGAUAUACAGAUUCGACCUUAUCGGGCUGGUAAACGCGUGGGACCUCAGGGAGAUUUCUUGAGGCCGAAACGUUCGCGCACUUCGGCUAUGCCGUUGCCGAGUUUGGGGUCUGGGUCUGGGCGUGAUGGAGGUGUGGAGGGUGGAGAUGGGGAUGUAGAGCGGGUUGAGUCUGAGUCUGAGGAGCUUGAAUGGUUGUGGGCUGCUACUAUGGGGGCUGUACCUGCUUCGCAAUCAAUGAAUAUUGCGUGA